AUGGUUGACAUCGUACAAGUACGUGUGUCCACUGAUUCAUCAAAUAGUUGGAUUGUUCAUAAUGGAAAUGAAGGUUUCAUUAUUGAUUGCGGUUGUUACUGGGAACAUGGCAUACUACUUGCUCAAAAAUGGAACCAAAGCUUUCCCAAUGGCGUGCUACCAUCAUUUAUUUUUCUUACACAUACACAUCCAGAUAAUAUUCUUGGUUAUGUUAGUCUAUUGAAUGAGUUAAAUACUACUCAAUUACCAGUUUAUGUUAGUGAUUCUAGUGCGUUAACUGAAAUUAACUAUUGGCUAGAAGUUUGGCGUCGAGUAAAUCCAUUUGAAACAUCAAUGCUACUUGAUAAGCGUCAAUCGCCCGAUCAAUUUUCCUAUAAUGAUCAUAUCAAAGUGCUUGAUCGUCCCUUAACGAUAUUUAAUGGUCAACCGUUACAUAUCAUUUCAAAUUUUCCUAUUGCUGAAUCGAUUCAUGCAUCCAUGCUCUAUCUUCCUUCAGCUCGAGCUUUAUUUACUGGUGAUCUUGUUGUUAUACGUAGUCAUCUAUUUCUAUCACCAUCGGAUACUUAUCCAGAUUCUGAUAAUCAUGCAUGUAACUGGAUAGGUAUAUUGCAAAGUCUUAGUUGUAAUUUUCCGGAUGCUACACGUAUUUAUCCAGGACAUGGAGAUGGCCCAUCAAUAAUGUCAUUUACUGAUAUCGUCGAAACCAAUAUUCGUUGGUUAUCCUAUAUGAGAUCACUCGUUUUUAAUUCUUGUAAUACAACGUAUGUUAUGCGGCUUUUAGAAGACGGUUUCCGUAAUUAUUCAAAUGUGGAACAGUCGCGUGCGUCUCUUGCUAAUCGUAUUCCUUAUUCAGCAAUGGCUAUGGGUUGUAAAUGUUCACAAAAUUCUCCGAAUUCAUGUGGCGGUCUGCAACCACCUGUAUGUCAGUUUGUAUCGAAAAAUAGAACUACUCCAUUAGGACCCGUAGCUUUGCCCAUUGGUUGCAUUCAAAACAAAAUAUCUUCGUCAUUUCACCGUUUUGAAAUUGAACAUUCUGUUUUGUUCAUUAUAUUUUUAACAAAUAUAUUUUAA